GAAAUUUAAACGGGAUAACUGGUACCUCUUGUCCUUCUUGUUUGCCAUCCGUGAGAUCAACCAAAACCACCUGAUCCUACCCAACAUCACUCUGGGUUACACUGUCCAUGAUAGUAAGUUCAAUGCAGAAAUUAAUGCUGAAGCCUUGUUAGACCUACUUUCUGCUGGAACAUUGGCAAAUGUUCCAAACUACAAAUGUGGAAGACAGAAAAAUCUGCUGUCCCUCCUUGAAGGCACUGAUUCUGACCUCUCCUACCAUAUUGCAACCAUGCUGAGCAUCUACAAAAUCCCACAGACUCUGCCUCCUUCCAGGUGUGUGGAAAGUUGUCAGUCUGGAUUUUUCAUGGUGCACCAGGAAGGGAAGCCCAUUUGCUGCUAUGACUGUGUUUUCUGUGCAGAAGGGACUUUCUCCAAUCAGGAAGAUGCAGAUCAUUGCAGGAAAUGUCCAGAAGAUCAGCAUCCAAAUAACUUACGAAAUAAAUGUUGUCCUAAGGAAAUAAUUUUUCUGGCCUACAGUGAAUGUCUGGGGACCAUCUUGGCUUCAAUUGCACUCUUCUUCUCUUUAAUUACAGCCUUUGUGUUAGCAAUCUUUCUGAAGCACACAAAAACUCCCAUUGUCAAAGCCAACAACCAGGCCCUUUCGUACAUCCUCCUGGUUUCCCUCCUUCUUUGCUUCUUGACCUCUUUCCUGUUUAUUGGCCAGCCAAUGAGAGCCACUUGCCUUCUCCAACAAACUGCCUUCAACAUCAUCUUCUCAAUUGCUGUCUCUUCUGUCUUGUCCAAAACCAUCACAGUUGUGCUUGCUUUCCUGGCCACAAAGCCAGGGAACAGCAUAAGGAGAUGGCUAGGGAAAAGAUUACCCAAUACCAUAGUUCUUUGUUCUUCCAGUGUCCAGGUGGUCAUCUGCAGCAUCUGGCUGGGAGUCUCCCCCCCAUUCCUUGAGUCUGACAUGCACUCCCAGACAGAAAAGAUUAUACUUCAGUGUAAUGAAGGGUCUCGUUCCAUGUUUUAUGGUGCCCUUGCCUACAUGGCUUUCAUGGCUGCAAUUUCACUCGUGCUGGCUUAUCUGGCCAGAAACCUACCUGGGGCUUUCAAUGAAGCCAAGCUGAUCACCUUCAGCAUGCUGGUCUUCUGCAGUGUCUGGGUGUCCUUUGUGCCUGCCUACCUGAGCACCAAAGGGAAGUACAUGGUGGCUGUGCAGGUCUUCUCCAUCUUGGCAUCCAGUGCUGGUCUGUUGAUCUGCAUCUUUAUCUCCAAGUGCUACAUUAUUUUACUAAGACCACAUCUGAAUGUGUACCUUCACAGAGUGGAUGAGCUGAAGCUGAUUCACGUUACACAUUUCCAGAGUCUUAUUUUUGCAUCAACGAUAAGCCCUGUGCAGUUUUGGCUGAACUUGAAGGCUAAUCCCCGACAGUCCUCUUUAUGGUUCAUCACAGAAAGUGGUCACACAGUCAAGAUCUACCUGGAUGAUUGA